AUGAGCAACAGCAGCCAGGGUCUGUCUCUGGUUAUGCCUCCCACCAGCUUUGGCAAUGUGUUGAUGGUGCUUUUCAGCAUUCUCCUGGCUGCGACCAUCAUUUUCCUCAACGUGUCUGUGUUUCUGUCCAUACUGCUGAACAAGGCGCUGCGCAGGGAGAACCGCUUCAUGUACAUGCUGAGCACCUGCCUCAGUGACAUCUGCACCGGCGUGUCCUAUUAUUAUGUCGGCGUGCUCGAUGUGAGGGACAGCUACGACUCCCCUACGAGAACCUUUUUCAUCGUGCCCACAUUUCUAGGCCUGUCUUACAUGGCCAUCCUGGCAGCGCAGGCAGACAGGUACCACGCGGUGGUGUCACCUUUUAAAUACUCCCAGCACAUGACCCGAAACAAGACCCUGCUCAUCAUCUUCUUGUACUGGCUUUACGCGUUCUUGAUCGUGGCUGCGCACAACCUGGUCACAGUCGGGAUAGCCAAACAGAUCACGAGCAUUGGUACGUUUGCGGGGAACAUAACCACAGUGAUUAUAAUGAUAGGGCUGAAUGUUAGGCUGUUCAUCAUAGCCAGGUUCCAGUUGGAGAGGGAGCCGCCCUCUGAGGAGAGAGACAACAAGCGCUCGUCAGUGUAUCUCAUACUGGUGGUGGCUGUGUUCUUCUUAGGGACGUGGCUGCCUAUAUUCUGUCAUAUUACGGCCUGUCAUUUCGUCCGUUCGCCCUGUUACAACUUUAAGAAUGAAGGCACUGACCCUCUUCGCAUUUUGCCCCGAAUUAACGCUUCCCUGACCCCCCUGCUGUACAUCAGAGGGUGCGCUGGGCUCAGAGAGACGCUGCUCACCAAAGUGUGGAGACCCUGCAGCGCGCAGAGGUGA